AUGUCUCUGUCCAGCAAGCUGUCUAUCACCGAUGUCGACUUGAAAGGCAAGCGGGUGCUCAUCCGAGUCGACUUCAACGUCCCCCUUGACGCCGACAAGAAGGUCACCAACAACCAGCGUAUUGCCGGCGCUGUGCCCACCAUCAAGCACGCCAUCGACAAUGGUGCCAAGGCCGUUGUCCUCAUGUCUCACCUAGGCCGCCCCAACGGCUCUCCCAAUGCCAAGUACAGCCUGAAGCCCGUUGUUCCGGAGCUCGAGAAGCUUCUCGGCAAGAGCGUUCAGUUCGCCCCCGACUGUGUCGGUCCGGAGGUUGAGGAGAUCGUCUCCAAGGCCGACAACGGCCAGGUUGUGUUGCUUGAGAACCUGCGAUUCCACAUUGAGGAGGAGGGUUCCGCCAAGGAUGCCGACGGCAACAAGACCAAGGCUGACAAGGCCAAGGUUGAGGAAUUCCGCAAGGGCUUGACUGCUCUCGGUGAUGUCUACGUCAACGAUGCUUUCGGCACUGCUCACCGUGCUCACUCUUCCAUGGUUGGUGUUGACUUGCCUCAGAAGGCUGCCGGUUUCCUCAUGAAGAAGGAGCUCGACUACUUUGCUCAGGCCCUUGAGUCGCCCAAGCGGCCUUUCCUUGCCAUCCUGGGUGGCGCCAAGGUUUCCGACAAGAUCCAGCUCAUUGACAACCUGCUGGACAAGGUCAACAGCCUGAUUAUCUGCGGUGGCAUGGCUUUCACCUUCAAGAAGACCCUCGAGGGUGUCAACAUUGGUAACUCUUUGUUCGAUGAAGCUGGCUCCAAGACUGUGGGCCAGCUGAUGGAGAAGGCCAAGAAGAACAACGUCAAGGUCACCCUCCCCGUCGACUACGUGACCGCCGACAAGUUUGACAAGGAUGCCACCACUGGCUCGGCCACUGACAAGGAUGGUAUUCCCGACGGCUGGAUGGGUCUUGACUGCGGUCCCGAGUCCAUCAAGCUGUACAAGGCUGCCAUUGAGGACGCCCAGACCAUCCUCUGGAACGGCCCCGCUGGUGUGUUCGAGUUUGAGAAGUUUGCCAAUGGCACCAAGGCUACCCUCGAUGCAUUCACUGAUGCCGUCUCCAAGGGUAAGAUCGGUAUCAUCGGCGGCGGUGACACCGCCACCGUUGCUGCCAAGUACGGUGCCGAGGCCAAGUGCAGCCAUGUCUCGACCGGUGGUGGUGCUUCGCUCGAGUUGCUCGAGGGUAAGGAACUGCCCGGUGUUACUGCUCUCAGCAGCAAAUGA